CCCGAUUGUAAGUUGGCCUGACCUAUCUCUCGCCCUCAAUUGAUCCAUAGACUAAAGCUAACUGAUGCCAAGUGUCAACAUCGAUAAUAACGCAAAGAACUGCAAGCAAGACGAUGCUGUCAAGAACAACGUCUGGAGCUUCUCUGCCGCCUACCAGAACUACAUGAACAACCUCUUUGACGGUACAGAGUCUUACUCCAUCAAUCCCAUCGUGCAAAAGGCCGCCGACGACGUCAUCGCGCGAAUGGAUAUUAACAUGGCUGCUCUUCAAGCCCGACUUGCAACACUGAGCACCUCUGAGCAGGAUUUGGUGACCAAGUGGCAGUCCCGCUACGCUCCUCUCAAAACUGCGACAUACCAGGUCUCAUUUACAUGGGACUUCACGUACACGAGCUUGAAGAGGAGACAGGACGAUGGUGAGGAGGGGGAGUCUUGCGCGGUUCCUACUACUUCUAUCUCUCGCACAAGCCAAGAGGCCGUUACCACCGAGGAGCCUACCCGCACCACCUCUGUCGCUACACCGACUGAGUCAGAGUGGGAGGGAGUAUGCCCAACGCAAUGGGAAAUCGUAGUCGAGGACGGCAAACUCCCCGACGGCGCCGGAGAAAAGUGUCUCUGCAAAGCCACGCCCUCUCUCGACGAUCAAUCACCCUACCAACCCGAACAACUCGACGCUGCGAUCGGCGACUUCUGCGACGGUUCGAGGACCCUUCACUACAUCAAGAACGGGAUUCCUGAAAAGAUAAACCGCGACUACUAUAUCGGGAACAAGUCGGUUCUGUCGCUGGGCGUACAGUUCACAACAUUGCCGGCCGAGCGAUGUAAGACGCCUGCUGGAGAUGUUGUAUUGGCCGAACAGUGCAAGACUUCUCUACAGAGGCUCAAGUGCCAAAAUAAGAAGGACAAUUAUGGUGGAUUUUAUGUUGAGGCUACUGAUGAUGGAUGUUAUCUGUGGUCUGCUGGUGUCGGAUGGUCGAGCGAUGGGCAGUGGCCUGGGGCGGUUGAUCUUCCUCCUGUUCAGGGAUCCUAAACUCGUCUAAAUUUAGGAAUAAGGCUCUAGAAUGUUAGUAAAUAUUUGAAGAUAUUAGAAAAAUUCUUAGGCCAUUUUAGUAAAGUUCCCUAAACGUUUAUCUUGCCUCUGUCGAAUGCUGGUAUUGAGGCUGCAGGCGCAGUGGCCAAAGACGUUGCGAGAGACACUUCACUGGCAGGGAAUUGAACAGUCAAGUAGUAACCCGGACCUGCGCUAUUCUACCAAUUAAUCUCUCGUUAGUACCGAUUGACGGCCAUGAUAAUGCUGGCCCACGAUGAAUAAGAUGACCCCGAGAGAUGUUUCUGGGCGAAGGUGGCGAAUGGU